CGCGGUGAGGCGCCUCCACGCAGCCGCCAGCCUCCUCCGCAGGCCACCGAGCCUGACCAGGAGGAGCUGGACUUCCUGUUUGAUGAAGAAAUGGAGCAGAUGGCACCCAGGAAGAACAAGUUCACCGACUGGUCCGACGAGGACGACUCGGACUACGAGCUGGACGACCAGGACGUCAACAAGAUCCUCAUCGUCACCCAGACCCCUCCUUAUCUCCGAAAGCACCCUGGCGGCGACCGCACGGGAAACCACGAGUCCAGAGCCAAGCUCACCGCCGACCUCGCCAAAGCCAUCAACGACGGGCUGUUUUACUACGAGCAGGACCUGUGGAAGGGGGAGGAGCAGGUGGAGUGCAGCAAGGAAGCGGAGAACUUCAAGAAGCUGAACUUCAUCAGUCAAGAUGAGUUUGACACUCUCACCCCCAAAGUGCCCGUCAACGCCAACCAGGAAGUCCCGCCUCCUCUCAUGCCAGUGGACAGCGGAGCAGAGUUGGCCCGCUCUCUGCCUACAACGGUCCCAGAGUCACCCAGCGCUCACCAGCCCCGAACCCCCAGAACGCCUCGCACCCCUGGACGCCAGGACCCCAACAAGACGCCACGCUUCUACCCCGUCAUGAAGGAGAGUGGCACCAUCGAUGGACAGACGCUGAGGAAGAAGAAGACCCGCCACAGUUCCAACCCUCCUCAGGAAGCUCACAUCGGCUGGGUGAUGGACUCCCGAGAACAUCGGCCGCGCUCAGCGUCCAUCAGCAGCUCCAACGCCUCUCCGUCAGAAGGAGGCCCGCUGGCAGGAAGUUACGGCUGCACCCCCCAAUCUCUGCCCAAAUUCUGGCAUCCAUCCCACGAGCUGCUGAGAGACAACGGCUUCACUCAGCAGGGAUACCACAAGUACCUCCGACGGUGCCUGAACGAGAGGAAACGGUUGGGGAUCGGCCAGUCUCAGGAGAUGAACACUCUGUUCAGGUUCUGGUCGUUUUUCCUGAGAGACAACUUCAACAGGAAGAUGUACGAAGAGUUUAAACAGCGCGCGCUGGAAGACGCCAAAGAGAACUACAGGUACGGUCUGGAGUGUCUGUUCAGAUACUACAGUUACGGUCUGGAGAAGAGGUUCAGGUUGGACCUGUUCAAGGAUUUCCAGGAGGAGACGCUCAAGGACUUUGAGAAAGGUCAGCUGUACGGUCUGGAGAAGUUCUGGGCCUUCCUGAAAUACUCAAAGAUCAAGAAGCAGCCGAUCGACCCGAAGCUUCAGGAGCAUCUGUCUCAGUUUAAGAACCUGGAGGACUUCAGGGUGGUGCCCCCGAUGGGAGAGGAGGGAGGCAGGAGGAGACGUCACUCAUCCUCGGCUGGGGAUGAAGGAAGGCGUCGGCGUCAUCCUUCCAACACUACCUCAAAAUCUACGCAGGCCUCCAAAUCCUCCGCUGCUGCCGCCGCCACAGCGCAGAACACAGCCAAAGAUAACGCCCAGAAAGCAGGCGCUGCUGCCCACGGGAAGAAGAGCGAGUCUGGAGGCAGGAAGAAGGAAAGUGUGGCGCCAAAUAAAUGAAGCUGCUUCCUGUAGGCGUGGCUUUGGAUACAAUUGUAGAGUGCGGAGGCGGCGGCAGCAGCUGUGAGGUCAGCGGCGGCUCUUUUCAGCAGCAGACAGUUUGGUAUGAAGAGACACUGAGCGUGGUUUAAUUAGAUUGUUUUUAUCUGUGCAUUUCAUUUAAAGCGAAGCGACGUGUAGGCAGCGAGCUUGACCCUGCGCGCCCGAUCCUCCGCUCAUAACGUUUACAAAAAAAAAAAAAAAAUGCAUUCCUGCAUUUUCUGCCUCCUUCUUCUCUCAGAUGCCAAAAGUGUCGUUCGGAGCUCCGCCCUGUUCGGACGCCUCUGCAGCUGUGAUUCUAGUUUGCCAACAUACGGCAGGUCGUCCUGCGUGCCUUAAUAACCUGAGGAUGAUGUCAGCGACUCGUCACCUGUCCAGGUGUCACCGUCUGAUUCAUAUCGUACUCUUUUCAUACAACACAAACAUCUGUUUUAUUUUAUGGUGACAAUCAGGUUGCAGUGAUGUAAUGAGUGAAGGACCGCCCCCCGACUGACCUGCAGAACAAUGUUCCGUUUGACGCUCACACGCACGUAGAAUAAUUUAUUCUUUUCUUUUUACAUGAUUAGAUUUUUAGUUUUCGGGAAUCAGAGCAGUUUUAAUGGUUUCUGCUGGAACGAUGGCGUGAGGCUGGCGUCAUCAAACGACACUAUAUUUUAGCUUGAAGUUCAUUUCCUGUUUGAGGCUUGGUGCUCGUCAGCACUUCAAUCAUUUCCUGUCUUUCCUUCAUCAGUGACUUAAAAAAAUAAAAAGGUUUUUAGAGCUGAAUUAAAGAAAAAAAUGUAAAUACUAUAAAAAUGAUUUUCAGUUAUUCUCUGAUCUGAAGACGUGAUUUGUUUUAUCGGUCGUGUGGCGUGGAGUGUUUUAGUAAUGAUGAUGAUGAUGAUGAUGCAUGUUGAUGACACGUCUGUAACAUGAAUUAAAAUAUAAAGGAACAGUUGAUUGUACCAAA